AUGUCAGGAAUCAGCGGAACAUUGAUCCGAAGGACGUCGCUGGACGAUCGGUUUCACAUUGAAGAACAAACACUGGUGGAACACCCGCGUCUGAUCCCGUUACUUGGUCUUUUGCCCGUCGCUGAUUGGCUCUCUGAAGCUCUGACGUCCAUUGAGCUGCAAAUCGAGGAAAACGAAGAAGCUGACGGGAGCCAGUCUUUCCAUUCGCUAUCCUUGAAAGCUACGCAAAAUUUGUUGUACGACUUUAGGGCCUUUUCCACCAAUCAGCUAGCCUCACAUGUGGAGGACUUUGGCCCCGCAGUCGCCAGGAUACUACCCAGGGCCAUGUCCCUAACUAUGCUAGUAAAUUGUGUUCUUUUCAACGAGGACUCACGGCAGAGCACGAGCACUGACGCCCGAUCGUGCAUCCAACCUACGAACCCCGAUACUGAAUCCUGGGUUCAACGGUACGAAGCUUGGACGCAGCCAACAUCUUGCUUCGAGCAGGUGUGGGAGAUCCUCGUCCAACAAUUGCUACGGCAACUGGUUCCAUGGCUAAGCAGCGGAACUGUUGCCGGCGUGACUGGUCUUUUUGAAAAACUGCAAGAUAAUGAAGCGGCGACUAUUGGCGAGCUAAUCCGGGCUGCUCCGAUCCGCUUUUCCACCGGUGUCGCCAACAUAUUAGGCACUGAUCUUGAAGAAAAGAUCAUCGACGAGGGUUACUUCCAAAUGAUCCUGGAGCGCCUGAAAUGCACAAAGCGCCUCCCGCGUUCCUACAAAUCAGUUCUCGAGCGGGAUGAGUUAGCCGAUGGGGACUUCGAAAAUUUCUCUCCAGAUGACUUCGAUGGUGCUUCUAAUGAGGCGCCCAUCAUUGAGAUUUCCCAGAUCAGUCUACAGCACGCGGUAUCAAAGAUGCUGAGUAAAGCGGCUCAAUACCCCUGCACCCCAGAUCUCGUGCGUGUCAUCAGGGAAGACACCCUAGCUUUUCUGAAAUUCAUCAAGCACGACUUUCUUCUCAGUGAUGAACGGGCACUUGUCGAAAGCUAUGUAUACAGCGACGGGACCCAUGAUGUCCUAAAGCGAAGCCUCUUCCGCAUCAACAAAAGAAAUGAUCGUUUCAAGGUUGAAAUCGCGAGCGAUAUUCACUGUCUGGUCCCUGUUGUCCCGGAACCGCUAUCACUAAUAUUCGCGAAGUCUCAUACACAAACAUAUGGCUUUGUGCAGAAACUAUUCGUGAUGAUGUACAUUGCACAAUCAGAGCUGGAGCAAAUCUUUAUCUGCACUUCGGUCUUUCAACUGAAAUCGGUACAUAGACUUUACGCAGCCACCAUGCUGAAUUUCGUCAUUUGCCUGCGCUGCGCCUUCGUGUGUGAUGUUUCGCGCAUCUUCGAUCAAUUCGGUAACAAAGACAGCGCGCAU